CGGGCAUCAUCUGAAUCACACGUACUAGGAGUAUAAUAUAACAGCAAGCUUUGGUUGGAUUGCACACAUUUGAUAAAGACUUAAGAAUUCACGUACACAUAAAAAAAAAAAAAAACUCAACUAAUCACUUCCUAAAGAAAAUCCCUUUUACAGACAGUCUUUUGUGUUGCCGAUUCCCUUUUUCCGAGAUUCCCCAAAUCUCAGUACUCAAAUCAGUCCCAUCUCCGGCAGUCCCAAAUUUAAGAUCCUUCUCAGAUGGCGGUUUCUUCGACGAUGACCGACCCUUCACCAACUCACAGCUCAGAAAGGUACCAUUUUUUUAUUCUUCACUAGCGCCUUCUACAUAGGACUAUUUCUGCAAGUUUAUUUAGUUAAUUCCUUUUAUUUAUUCAUUCCUUUUAAUGAAUGAAUCUGAUGAGAAGAAUGGCAAGUUUCGGUGCCAACUUGACGAUGAUGCUGCCGGACGAGUUGGUGUUGGAAUGUUUGAUUAGGCUUCCCGGAAAGGAACUGGGACGGUGCAAGUGCGUUUGUAAGUCUUGGCGAUCAAUAAUCGGAAGCCCUUCAUUCUUGAAGGCUUACCGGAAUCGUGAACCGAUCCUGCUGUUAAUGUGUUUGCCGGAAAGAAUUCGAACCGGGAUAAUGGGCCGUCAGCAUGUACUCUUCAGAUACUAUUCCUCCACUUUGUGGAAGCCUGAGCAGAAGAAAAACACUGAGAAUUUCAAAUUCAGUCACCUGAGUGAUGUGAGAACCGGCCAUAGCCGCCGCGGCGGAAGCAUCACCAAAAUGGUUAAUGGUCUUGUGUGUCUCCGUGUGUGUGAUGAACCAAAUGAUGGCUUAACAAUUUACAGUGUUGGUACAGGGGAAAGAAUGAGUCUUCCUUGCCCUGCUCAAUAUCCUGGUGAACCAAUUUCGACUUAUCAUCUUGGGUACGACCAAACAAGCUGCAGGUACAAGUUAUUGCGAUUGAUUCAUCCAUUUAGCCACUCUGUUACUGGGUUCCUUCGUCCAAUUGAUCAGCCACUACAAGCUGAGAUAAUCACCUUGAGGCCCUCAGGUUCAUUAUCCACAUGGAGGAAGUUGGAUCAUGUUGAAUUCAGUCCUCUGUUUAUAACAGGGAAUCCAUCUUUAGUAGCCGGUGACGGCUUCAUCUGGUGGUUCUCACGAUUAGGGCUUGUCACUUUUGAUCUAAACAGGGAGAAGUUUGAUAAAGUUGUUCAACUUCCGCAAGUUGUCUUGGAUGUGAUACAAAAUCACGGGUAUGUUUUCACUAAGUCCAUGGGACGGCCAGCCAUCUUGUCGUUUCUUAAGGACGCUGACACGUUUUCGUGUUGUGUACUCUUAGUGUUUGAAGACGAAAAGAGUAACAAGUGGAGUAAGUAUCAUGUUCGACUUCCUAGGGAACUCGGGGAUGUGGAAUAUAGAAUUGUUGAUGCUGGAAACCUCCUCACCGGCGACAUUUUGUUUACGAAUGUUCACGAAAAGUAUCCGGAUAGCUGAGAAGAAAAUAAGAAUUUGAAUAACAUAAAGAAAAUAAAGAGAGAAAUAUCUAAAGGUUACAUUGUGAUUGAUUCCAUGUUUUGGACAAAAAAAGACUUGAAUUUAUUGUUAGAUUUUGUAUGAUAAGUCAAAAACUCUUCUUUUAUGACAAGAAAAGACUUUUGCCAUAAUGGAGAUUUUGUGGAUUGACUUAGAGGUGACUUUCCUCGUUGUCUGAAAUUUGUGGAUCAACUAAAGUUGAUUUAUGGGGGAAAAAAAAAAACACAAAGUCUAGGGUAGAAGACUUUGUUUUGUAUAGAUUGAAUGAUUUGUAAGUU